AUGUUGUACAUUAAUAGCUAUAUCUUCAACAAAGAUGUGUUCAUGCGGUUCAAUGUGGUAAAGUAUGUAGGGUACACUGAGUUUGAGAAAAAAAAUGCAGAAAUACUGAAUAAAAAUAUUAAUAUUUUGGAGCAAGAGAGAGGUACGGAUAGAUUCUGCAAACAUAAUGAUGAUUAUUAUGAUGAUGUACUUGACAAAGCAGUGCAACCAGAGGUUAUGCUCAGUUUAGUGAAGCAGGCUGGUGGGAGACUUCCAGCUGUGUUGAUGUGCAGUGCUUAUAACUUCUAUCCCAAAACGAUCAAACCUGUGACAUCCUGUGUGACCUCCACCGAGGAGCUGGCUGAUGGGGAUUGGUACUAUCAGAUCUACUCUUGUCUGGAGUACAUCUCCAAAUCUGGAGAGAAGAGCUCAUGUAUGGUGGAGCACACCAGCUUCAAAGAGCCCAUGAUCUAUGACUGGAAUACUCCUUUGCUGGAGUUUGAUAGAAAUAAAAUUGUUAUGAGGGCAUCUGGUCUGGUGCUGGGAAUUGUAGGAGCUGCAGGACUCAUUUACUACAUAAAGAAAUCAUCAGGUCAGUGAAUAUGAGAACAUCAUAGUGAUAUUAAGUCACCCUCAUUAUAACUAUAUCAAAUGAUAAUGUUGUGUUAUUACUUUGUUGGCAGGGAUGAUAUGGGUACCAUUAAUAUCUGAUAACAAGACCUGCUUGGAUCACCGAUUCACACUUCAUGUGCAACAACACACUCUCCUAAACUUUUAACUGCUAUUACAUUUUUUUGCUAUGAAAAUAUCAAUAAUUAGAAAUAGAAAUUUUGGAUCAUAUUUGAUAAAUAUUUGUUUUAAAUUUGAACAUCAUAUGAAAUGCAGCAGCAACACUGCAGCAACCAAGAAAUGCAUGCAGAUUUUGGAGAUUACAGGUAGAAAAUAUUGUGUUAGUUAAAUUCAGAGUAAGUUCUGAUUUAGUGUAGAAACAGAUUUAUGAUAAAAUGAUGAUAAGAGAAUAACGUUAUACAUUGUAGAAACAACCACAAGUCCUGUAUAAGAUAGAGACAGAAGACAUAAUUUACUUCUUUUCUCUUAAGACAAUAGAUCAUUGUUUGUUAUGUUUCAGAGGAGAACAAAGAUAAAUCGUAUCGCAUAAACACGAUUUUAAUGGCCAACAUUUUUAUAAUUGGAUCUUUACCGCCCCCUAUGGGCGUAAUCCUGUGUUUUGUUUUAAAUUAGACCUUUAUUCCCUAAAUAUGCCGCAAAAAACAGGAGUGACAUAAAGUCACCCAACCGCAAUGUUAAAGACAUGAA